AGAGGACAUGACAUUUAGCUGUUCCCAAAGAAAUGUGAAUCCCAGCACAGCUCUUUUAGCAUGGGUACCUCCAUGCACCUCCUGCUUUGACUCCUGUCAUGCCUCGUAGAAGUAACAUGCAGGAAGGGCUGACAUGAAGAGCUAUGAGGUGAGAACCAAGGGCCAAAUCAUGUGCUUGGAGCAGGAGUCAUACUGAAUUUUAUAUACCAUCAUGUCAUCCUAACCAACUGAAAAACUGUCAGAUACCAAAAAUCAGGCAGUGCCAUCCACUCAAAAUCCUGGCUCAGCAGAAGGCCUCUCUGCACCGCCUGGGAACAACAGCAAGGACAAAGCUCUCCACUGUAAUGCGGCCACAACAAGCUUUGAGCUCAGCCUCUGAAACUGCAGAGCGCUCGUUUUGUUGUCUGUGGAUAAUCCCCCAAGCAAAAGCUGGAUAUUGCUCUCUUUUAUUCUGGCUCUGCAGUUGCAAUGCUCAAAAACAAAGCCCCUCGCCCCCCACCUGCUGCUCCUCUGAACUGCUGACACCCGGACGGGCAGCCCCAAGGCGGGGCCACUGGCAUUUAUUUAGCUCAAUGCUGCAGACCAUGCCCUUAGUGCCACAAACCGCCCUGGAGACACGUCCUAAUCGUCUGGGGGGGUGAUUAUGGUCAAUUCUUCCUCCCCAGUCCCCCAGACGUAAAUCAGAUCCAAACUGGAGAGACAGGCAAGCACGAAAGAGGGGACACCGGCACCACGCAGCCCCCCCGAAGCCAUGUACAGGAGCAGCUUCCUCCGCGAGGUCCGCAAGGAGAAGUACGAGCGCUCGGACGCCUACGAUGAGCUGCGGGGCUCCCCUGAAUUCGACAGCUUGGCUCAGGCCCAGGGCCUGGAGAACCUGCAGGAGCUCAACGAGCGCUUCGCCAGCUACAUCAACCGGGCCCGUGUGCUGGAGCAGCGCAACGCCAUCCUGCGCAAGCAGCUGGAGACCUUCCAGCGCAUGGACGAGCUGGUGGGCUUGGACGAGGCCUUCGCCGGGCAGAAUGAGUUCAACCGCCAGCGAAUGCGGGAGCUGGCGUCCGACCGAGCCAAGCUUGAGCGGGAGGAGAAGGAUGCCCAGCGCAUGCUCGAUGAGUACCGCAACAAGUACAGAAAUGAACGUGAAUAUCAACAGAAGCUAAAAGAAACCCUUGAACGCCUCAAUAAGGAGGCGGACGAAGCGCUGCUGUGCAACCUGGAGCUGCAGAUCGAGUCCCAGUUCCUGCAGGAUGACAUCAAUGCCACAAAGGACAGAUACAAAAAGAACCUUAUGGAAAUCCAGACCUACGUCAAUAUUUUACAGCAGAUCAUCCAGACAACCCCUCGUGUGUCCCCCAUAACCACUGGUGUAUCUGAGGAAAAACUGAUAGCAGAGAGGAGGAUCCCUGUUCUACAGAGCCAGCUGGAGGAAUACAAGAGCAUCCUCUGCCAGCUACAGGCACAAAAAUACAAGCUGCAGACAGAGACAACCAUGCUGGAGCAAGCGAUUAAAAACACGCAGGAGAGUUACGACGACGAAAUUCAGCUUUACAAUGAGCAGAUCGAAAACCUCAGGAAGGGGAUAGAAGAAGCCGAGAGGACCUUGGAGAAGUACACGACCGACUGCCGCCAGCUGGUGAUCUACCAGCAGUCCCUGGAGAACGAGCUGGAACGCUACAAACGCAUCAUCGAGAACGAGGACAGCCGGUUAAACUCUGCUAUAGCAGGAACUCCAGUCACACUCUUCACGCAGAUCUAUAGACCUGUCCAGCCUCAAGCUUCGAGGGGAAGAGAUAUCACCCAGGCUAUGCAAGAGAUUGCCAGUGUAAAACCCAGACAAAAAGCGCUGACAAAGAAAAUUUUCAGGAAAAAGGAGAUCAUGUCUAAAGACAUAACCGAUGGGGUCUCACCUGAAAAAAUGUAUGAAAGAACUCUGGAAGUUUUUGACCAAGAUCAGAUGGAGUUCAGGCACGAAGGCUCAGUCACGUGUGAACCUGGGCAGGAGGGAUUAAAACUUGUUGAAAACGAAGCAGUCCCAGAGGAUGUACCUGAUGGAGCCCAGAUAAGUAAAGCCUUUGAUAAAUUGUGUAACAUUGUGAGGGAGAAAAUAAGAGUUCACAAGCGACCAGAAGCUAAAACUGAUUCCCAUCCUAAAGGGCGUUAUGUGCUGGUAACAGGGGAGGGAGGCUAUGAAGAACCUUGCUUCUUGUCCUCCUCCGUCCCGGCUGGGGGAGGGAUCACAGUUUCUACCAGCAAUGGGAAGGUGACAAUCAGCGGUGACGUGGAGCCCAUACCAGAGCUGCCCGAACCUACUGAGCCAUCAGAAAAGAGGGAUGUCUGUGAAAGGAGGGAAGAGUUUGAACCCCAAGAUAAACUGGAAGAGGAAGAGAAAGAAGACAUGUUUGAAUGGGACAAAAGAAGAGAAAAAAUUGAGCAAAUCACAAAGUAUCCAGACAUCUCUGAGCCUGAGACAACUCCUUCCCCCGGUCCCAUAAGCCCGACAGAGCCAGGAGUCCUUCGAGAGACGGAGUAUGACCGCGAAGAUAAGCAAGACCUUCUCUUCAGGGAAGCGGGCUUGCCUGGCUCCAUGAGCUAUGAGAAGGUGGAGGUGGUGGAGUCCAUCGAGAAGUUUUCUGAUGACAGAAUUCAGACGUAUGAAGAGACAGCAAUGAUCGUGGAGACGAUGAUAGAGAAGACAAGCAAGAAGAAAUCGGGUGACAAAGGCUCUUAAGUGACACGCACUCUCGGUAGUCAACUUGUCUGGCAUAGUUCUUAAAUGAUGUAUUCUUUUUUCCUGACCGAAUGAUACAGUAGUGAGAGUUUUGCUGUUUGGUAUGGACCAGAUUGAGACUUUGAUGGCAAUCCUGUCUGAUGUAGGCUCGCCUUUGGUGUAACGACUGUGAGAACGCUCCAGGACAUGGAGCAGUAGGCACAUUCUGUGCGACUUAUUUUCAUGAUUAGGACAAGUUGAAAUUAAUUACCAUUACGGAGUUGCCUGGCUUUCCAAAGGAUCCAGGGCAGGUUGCCAGUGCAUAUUCCCCUACUGCUCCUCUAGCUGCCGUAAGAUUCCUCCUCUCUCAGACAGCUGCAAAUGUUAACUUGUGACAUCUGGUUCAUUUAAUAAAAGCUUUGCCUUCUACACAAAAUACCCACUGUGGGUGUGUGUUGCCUUUACCAUUGCAUGCUAGGCUCUGCUAUUAAAAGUUAUCUGAAUGGGUAUGCAGGAGUCCUUCCAAAGGAGGAGAUGGAAACCUGAGUUUUGUAACCUAUUCCACACCUCUCAUUUACAGUCUUUAACUAGAGGUGAUUUUGGCAGAACGCUCUUUUUGGAUAUGAAGAGAAACUCUCUGUGUUUGAAAUAAGCUCUUACUGC